UUGUUAUCGCUCUCUAUUUUGUAGUAAAUAUUUGUAGUUCAUUUUCCUAUGACCGUGUAACAGUGCCGGGCAAGUCGGCGUUGACACUGCGGCUGAUUCGUUCUUAUUGGGCGUUACAAACUGAUGAAAUUACGAGUCGCAGACUCGAAUGUUUAAAGCGGCUGCGGCGGCGCAGUGAGACAAACACGCCUCCACGACUAAAGCGAGCAUGCGCGAGUGACGUCACCAAAGCACAGUGUCCGUUGAGUGAAGGGCUCGGGCAGCAGGUUCCCUCCACGCUCUUCGGUUCCGGCGUGACACCGAGGCAUGCUCGUUCACCAGUUCAGGACGGCGGCCUCUAAGAAGAUGGACUACAGCGUCGGUGGCCUCCUGCCAGUGCUCCUGGGAAGCAUCGGGGUCCUGGCACUCUACCAGCUGCUGCAGAGGGUCCGCCAGAGGACGUACAUCCAGGACGCCGUGGUGGUGAUCACCGGAGCGAGCUCAGGACUGGGCCGAGAAUGUGCCAAGGUGUUCCACGCGGCCGGUGCCCGGCUGGUGCUGUGUGGCAGAGACCGAGAGCGACUAUUGGAGUUGGCACGAGAGCUCAAGGGGAUGGCAGACGGUAGAAAGAAGGUGCACGCGCCCAGCAUUGUCACUUUUGACCUUUCGGACAUGGAGAUGGUGGCCAGCGGGGCAGAGGAGAUCUUAAAGUGCUACGGCCAUGUGGACAUACUGCUCAACAACGCUGGCAUCAGCUACCGGGGGGCCAUCCUCGAGACGUCCGUCCAGGUGGACCAGGAGCUCAUGAACGUCAACUACUUCGGGCCUGUGGCUCUGACCAAAGCGCUCUUGCCAGCUAUGGUACAGCGGAAGACCGGGCACAUUGUUGUGGUCAGCAGCGUCCAAGGAAGAAUAGCCAUCCCCUUCAGGUCGGCCUACGCCGCUUCCAAACAUGCAACUCAGGCGUUCUUUGACUGUCUCCGUGCAGAGGUGGCACAGUUUGGGCUCGAGGUGUCGGUCAUCAGCCCCGGGUACAUCCGGACAAACCUGUCCCUCAACGCCGUCACCGGAGAUGGCUCCAAGUAUGGAGUCGUAGAUAAAAACACAGCAGAAGGGCGCGAUCCCACCGAGGUGGCAAAGGCCAUCCUCACUGCAGUGGGCAGAAGGAAGAAGGACCUCCUGCUGGCCGGCCUGCUCCCCGUCCUGGCUGUCUACCUGCGCACGCUGGCACCAAACGUCUUCUUCCUGGUGAUGGCGUCACGAGCGAGAAAGGGCCAGAAGCACAAAGAGAACUGAACUGGGGGGCCGACGUCACGAAAACCCAGGGGGGUCAGCUGACCAACUGCCUUUUUAUAAUUGUCUGAAUUAAACAAUGAACGGGGCGCCUGCCAGUGAAUGGAAACAUGCUGGGUGGGCCUCUGCCUGGCAGGCCUCUAGAGGGUGCCAGACCUGCCAUUGGGUUAAAGGGGAGAAGUCAGUGGGUCACAAUAAAAAGCAACUUGCCGCCUUC